UGACGUCACUCCAGUAUACAUCCAUCUAUGUUAAACACGCGCCUCAAAGUAUGAACGCACCACCGUACACUGACACCGGAGCCGCUAUAGAAAGAGACCUUGUACCGGCGCGAUAAAGGUUCGUCCUAAAGGGAUGCAAGCAAAGUCACGCUGCGUCUGUGGCCAGAGACCACCGGAACUUUUCCUGUUGCGUGGCAAAGGGUAGACAUUUUUUUUUUAAACUUCAAUUGACAGUAGCGCUAGCUAGCCUGCUAACGUUAGCCACUUGAGAAGACGUUUGAUUUGUAAGGCUCGUAGAUGAGCACCAUGGCCACCCGGCUUUCAGACCUUUUUGGCAACAGCCGCAUCGUGACAGGGCUGCUGGCUAACUUGCUGUCAUCUAUAUGCAUCGUCUUCAUCAACAAAUGGAUCUAUGUUCACUACGGCUUCCCCAACAUCACUCUGACGCUGAUACACUUCUUAAUGACAUGGCUCGGCUUAUAUGUGUGUCAGAAAAUGGACAUUUUCUCCCCAAAGAGUCUUCCACCCACCAAGAUCAUCUGGUUGGCUCUAAGUUUCUGCGGUUUCGUCGCCUUCACUAACCUGUCACUCCAGAACAAUACCAUAGGGACAUACCAGUUGGCUAAAGCCAUGACAACGCCGGUCAUUAUUGUCAUACAGACACUGUACUAUAGGAAAACCUUCUCCACCAAGAUCAAGUUAACGGUGGUUCCAAUCACGUUAGGCGUGAUUCUCAACUCGUACUACGAUGUCCGGUUCAACCUCCUCGGCAUGGUGUUCGCCACGCUGGGCGUGUUUGUAACGUCUCUCUACCAGGUGUGGGUGGGGUCUAAGCAGCAGGAGCUUCAGGUGAACUCCAUGCAGCUGUUGUACUACCAGGCCCCCAUGUCGUCAGGCUUCCUGCUGCUGCUGGUGCCCUGCUUGGAGCCCCUCUCUGGGGAGCACGGCAUCUUCGGCCCCUGGUCCCUCCCGGCCCUGUUCAUGGUGCUUCUGUCUGGUUCCGUGGCCUUCUUGGUGAACCUGUCCAUCUACUGGAUCAUCGGUAACACAUCUGCAGUCACAUACAACAUGUUUGGCCAUUUCAAGUUCUGCAUCACGCUACUGGGGGGGUACGUGUUGUUCCAGGACCCCCUGUCCCUGCAUCAGGGUCUGGGCAUCGGCUGCACCCUGACAGGCAUCCUGGCAUACACACACUUCAAACUGGCCGAGCAGGAGGAGGGCAAGAGCCGGCUGGCACAGCGGCCAUAGGCUGGCCGGACUGCCAAUCAUCCAGGACGGGCCCUCUCAAUGGUGGCUUGACGUGGCCUGUGUUGUCCUAUGCCUCUCCUGAUUGGAGGGAGGGAGGGGGGUGGCAGGAUGGAAUGUUGGUGUUGACUGAGGAGGGAAGGGAGGAGGGGGGGGGAAAUAGAGGGACAAAUUGAAAUAUUAUGGGAUGGAAUGCGAAAGACCCAAGCCUCUUGUGUUACCGUAGACAGGAAUUCUGGGUGAAUUAAUCUCUCUGGGUGAUGCUGCAGAAUGUUGUUAUAGGAUGGAUGAGUGAGUUUAUUCAGGAAAGAAAGCCUUGCUGCUCCACAGGCCUAGUUUUAUAACAUGACGGUACCAACAUUUCAACAAUAAUUGCCAGAAACAUAUUUUUUUCGCAGGUACGAUGAACGAGAGGACCAACUCUCAACAAUGUCCAAAUGCUGAAAAUAGUCUUUUUAAUUAUUAUUCUUUUUUUUUUGCAUUAUUAAAUUGUUUUUACAUAAUCUGUACCGCUUAAUAAAUUGUAUUUUAUUGAA